AUGGCACUUCCACGGUUAAUCGCCGUGCUCUCCUUCCUGUCAUUCGCUUUGCUCAGUACCGCCCUCCCUUCGCGAUCGCGGUCACUCCAUGAACGGGACGACACUGUCCACUUCGAGGUCACCCUCACAUGGGAGGACUACUCACCCAUUGGGGGCACGCCCAAGAAGAUGAUCCUCACAAAUGGCACCUUCCCCGGUCCCCCAUUAAAGAUGACGGUCGGCCAGACGGUCGAGUUCCUGGUUCACAAUGAACUGCCCGACCCUACUACAAUCCACUUUCACGGCAUUGUGCAGCAAGGCACUCCCUGGUCAGAUGGUGUCCCCGGUCUUUCACAAUACGCCAUUGCGCCCGGCUCGUCGUACCUGUACAAGUGGACUGCCGAUGCGGCUGGAGUAUACUUCUAUCACGCACAUUAUCGCUCGCAGAUGAUGGAUGGGCUGUACGGCGCCAUCAUCAUUUCUCCAGAGUCUGACGAUGAAAAGCCAUUCUCUCUGAUCAACAGCGAUCCGGAAUUCAUCAAGCUCAUGUCGGCUGCGGACGACGAGCUGCAGCCCAUCUUUAUCUCGGACUACAACAAGUAUACCUCUCAGGAACUGCAUGAGCAAGAACGGAAUGCCAACAUUGAUUUUGCUUGCUCGGACGCCAUCAUCAUCAAUGGGCAGGGGUCGCAGUACUGCUUGACGCGUGAGGAGUUGACUGCCUACACCAAUCCCAAGGUGACGGCUCUCCUGGCUUCGGUCAGCCCUUCGCAACUCACCGACAAAGGUUGCUUGCCUCCCAAUCUCCCUGCCACUCAGGGUAACUUCACCUUCAACAUUGAGACUCUUCCUCCUGAUGCCUACUCGACCUGCACUCCCUCGACCGGACCCAUGGCUUCAAUUGAUGUGGACGCUGCCAAAGGCUUUGCUGCCUUGACCUUUAUCAACCCGGGUGGAUACGAGUUGCUCAAGUUCACCAUUGACGGACACAAGAUGUGGGUGUACGCUGUGGACGGCGGCUACGUGACUCCCACUCUGGUCGAUCAAGUCGUGGUCAACAACGGAGACCGAUACUCGGUUCUGAUCGAGCUCAACCAACCCCCUGCGCAGUACUCGAUCCGCGUCGCCAACAACGGUCUGAACCAAGUCCUCAGUGGUUUCGCUGUCCUCAACUACAAGGGCUCAGUUGGCCCCGCCACUGAAGACCCCAAUGCUCUUGCCACGAUGAACUUCGCCGGCGCCAAUUUGACCACGCUAGUGACGUUCAAUGACAACAAGGCGGCGCCUUAUCCACCUUCGCCUCCAGCUCCGUCAGCGGACGUGACCUACUUGAUGAAUAUCAAGAAGAUUGGGCAACCAGCCGGCGCGUAUGAAUGGACUCUCAGCGGUGUCAACUCGUUUGCUCCCGAGUUGGAAGACCAGACCCCCCUUCUGUUUGAAGAUCCGGCCGAUGUCGAAGCCAACGAUCUCAUUAUCAAGACACAGAGUGGCCAAUGGGUCGACUUGGUGAUCAGGACGCAGGGACCGCUUGCUCAGCCUCACCCCAUGCAUAAACACUCAAACAAGGCGUACGUUAUCGGCAAGGGUGUCGGAAACUGGACUUGGAACACUGUGGCCGAGGCCGCCGCUGUGCUGCCAGCUGGCACGUUCAACUUUGAAAACCCGCCUCUUCGCGAUGGGUAUACUACUACCCCCAACGAAGUCAACAGCACGUGGAUGGUCCUGCGUUACCAAGUCACCAACCCUGGCGCAUUCCUUUUCCACUGCCACGUUCAAACACACAUGGCUGGCGGCAUGGCCGUGGCUUUUCUCGAUGGCGUCGAUGACUGGCCAGAGGUGCCGACCGAGUACGCUGACGGCAACGGCAUUGUGUACACCAAGCUCAAGAAGAAGGGCAAGCUGCACCCCAAGUCGUCAUAA